CUUUGGGGCUCGAGUUUUUUCUGUUUUUUUCACCCUGUGGGAUCCAUUUCCGAUGGCCUUGACCUUUGUGACUCCCAAUGGCGCUGGCCAGCUGACGCAAAUGCCUCGGCUGGCCAAUCAGGGCUUGAGUCACCCAAUGGCAAGAUCUGAGCCCGCGCAUUUUUGGAACUCAGUGUCACGACUCGGAGGACUUGUGGCGGUUUUGGCGUGCGUUCCAAGGAAAUCUCUUCACUCCCGCCGUGAAAGCAAGCGUCAGCGUGCCGUGCAGCUAGCUGCAUCAGAAGACACUGAAGGAGCUGACACCUCUGAGUCAGAUCUCGGCUUGGACUUCAGCAAACUGCGAAGUCUUUUGGAACAGCAGGACUUCAAAGCCGCUGAUGCGGAAACCAGAAGUUUGCUGAUCAAGAUGGCCGGCGAUGAGGCUGUGAAGCGGGGAUGGGUCUACUUUGCAGAGGUGAAGACAAUGCCGGAAAAGGACAUGGACACUCUCGAGACCCUGUGGCAACAGAACAGCAACGGAAGGUUUGGAUUUGUCCAGCAGCGCAAGAUUUGGCGAAAAGUGCGCGGACAGUUCGACAAGUUUGCAGAGGAGGUGUCCUGGUUCACGGAUACUUGGAAGAAUCGGAAUUGGCCCGAUGAGUUCAUCUACAAUGUGGAAGCUCCGGUUGGGCAUUUGCCAUUGACCAACUGCAUUCGUGGUGCACAGGUUCUGGAGGAACUGCUAAAUCACCCGGCGAUCCAGAACAAAAAGGCUGCGGCCAUCAAAAAAUCGAAGCCAGCAACCAGUGAGUCUGGUGAUGAGAAGCCUGGCCGACGUUCAGCCCUUUCAAUGCUGGCACAAGGCCCCACUGCGACAAAGUCGCCACCUCGAGCCAUCCUCGCAGGGGGACAGGCUCCCCGUCUCCCAGUCGCCAGGGAGGCCGGACGUUUUUAAGACAAAGGAACAUGAAGAAAAAAAUUGGCCACGGAGAGAUGGCCUCAACUGUUGCACUGUCGGU